AUGUCUAACGCGUACUUCCCUGGAAGAAAAUACUUCAUUGAAUCAUCCAUCACUAUCGCGCGAUCUUAUGGUUUUGAUGGCCUUGAUUUCUGCUGGAUUUGGCCUAGUUCGUCCCAAGAAAUAUCGAAUUUGGCUACCCUUUUGGAUGAUUGGAGAGUAGCUAUUGAUCUUGAGUCCAAACAGGUGAAAAAGCCGCGACUUUUAUUAACAAUGGCUGGUAAAUACACACCUUGGAUUGAAGAUUUGAGUUUUCCAAUUGAGUCAAUGAGGAAAAACUUGGAUUGGUUGCAUGUAUUUGCAUUUGAUUACUAUGAACCAGGGACAACAAAUAACACAUCUCCUGUUGCUGCAUUGUAUGAUCCAAAUAGUGAUUUGAACACUGAUUAUGGUAUUAGUGCUUGGAUCAAAUCUGGUUUUCCUAGUCAGAAUCUUGUUCUAGGAUUGCCAUUUUAUGGCUAUGUGUGGACAUUGUUAAGUCCUAAAAACAACCAGAUUGGCGCGAUGGGUACGGGGCCAGGGCCGAAAGAUUAUUCAUAUGGUACUGAGGCGUUCACGAGUACAAAUGGUAUGUUGAGCUUUAAUGAUAUCAAGAGAGACAUGAUAAAAUAUCACGCUAAUAAUUCAUCGUAUAAUUCAACUUAUGUGAUGAAUUAUGUCUCUAUUGGCACAACUUGGGUUGGUUUUGAUGAUGUUAAGGGAGUGAUAUCCAAAGUUUCCUAUGCAAAAAAGAGGAAUUUGGGAGGCUAUGUGGCAUGGCAAGUCUCAUAUGACUAG